AUGCCACAAGACCCAAAAAUUGUCAAAGUCGAGGAACUCCCCGCAACCGAAGCGAAAUGGAUCGAGUUUCAGAAGAUCUCAUGGCAAGACCAAACAGGCAAAGACCGCGUCUGGGAAGCCGCCGCGCGCAAAACCCGUGGCAAAGCCGGUGUCGACGCCGUCGCCAUCGUCACCAUAAUCCGGCACCCAAACCGCCCGCCCUCGACCAUCAUCAUCUUGCAGUACCGCCCGCCCGUCGACGCCGUGUGCGUCGAGCUCCCCGCCGGCCUGGUCGACGAGAAGGAAUCGCCCAGCGACGCGAGUGUGCGCGAGCUGCACGAGGAGACGGGGUACAAGGGCAGGCUAAGUUUCAUUAGCCCGACCAUUGUGAGCGAUCCGGGGCUGAGUACGGCGAAUAUGCAGCUGGCGGUUGUGGAGGUGGAUCUCAAAGAGGGCGAUGAGGAGCCGGAGCAGAAGCUGGAGGAUGGCGAGUUUAUCGAGAGGGUGGUGGUGCCGGUUGGGGAGCUUUAUGAGAGGCUGGUACAGUAUGAUAGGGAGGGGAAGACGGUGGAUGCGAGGCUUUGGCAUUGGGCGGCGGGUUAUCAUGCGGCGAAGACGAUGCUGUGA